AAUAAAAAGAGGCCGGCUUCAUGGGAAUCGGGCUACUCCAGACGAUGACGGAGAUGAUGAGCACGUGCUCGAGGCACGUGACGCGUGCGGCACGGAAGCUCCGGCGGCGGGGCCCCUCCCUCUCCCGGCUAUCGACGGCCGCCACCCGGCCCUUCCUAUCCCGGCGGCGAAGCUCCAGGAAAAGGAUCGGCGGUGGGAAGACGGGGAUCGCCGAGGGGAAGAUGAAAGAAGACGUGGAGGAGGAGGAGGAGGAGGAGGAGGGGGUGUGGCAAAGGUCGAUACUCAUGGGGGAGAAAUGCCAGCCGCUGGAUUUCUCCGGCGUGAUUUACUACGACGCCGAUGGGAGAAAGCUGUCGGAGGCGCCCCCACCGCGGUCGCCGCUACGGAGCCCGUUGCCUUCCAACCUGCAUCUGGUCACCGUCGGUUAUGAUGCGAACAAGGGCGAUAUCUGAAGCACUUUGUUUACAAUCCUUUACUCUUUUUUUUUUUUUCUUCUUUUGCCCCGUAAACAAUCCCUCUCUCUUUUUGGCUUCCUUCUUGCGCUCUGCUUUAUGGUUUUCUGUUGGACUAUGUGCUUAGAAGCCGCUGUCCCAUGCUAGUAUAUCACAAUGCCUUUUUUUUUUACAUAUAUUUUAAGUAUAUUUUCCUCUUUUUUAUCUUACUCUAAUUAAGUAGAAGACGACGCCCAUCUUGAUACACGUAGUGGAUGAGGUAUGUUACAAAGAAACUCUCUCAAUCCAUAAUUCAUUUGAAAAUUGUUGUAAGUUUCUUUCCAUCAGGUUUUAUUUAUGGGGAUCGAAUUUGGGACAUGAGGAGUGCACCUGAUUUUUUUUCUAAAUUGUAAUGUUGUGGAAUGGAUCAUGAAGAUCGAAGAAUUGCUCA